GAAGUACGUGACAAGUAAAAGGCAGUCCAUCUCAAUGGAAUUAUUCAGCAAGAUGCUCAUAUUCCAGCUCCUGCUCUCUGUAGUUGGGAACAGUGUAAUUCUUAUGGUUACACAGUCUCCACCUCUCCUUUCUGCAAUGGAAGGAGAGACAGCAACAAUGACUUGUUGGAUUAAUAGCUCCAGUUUGGAACGGCGGAUUGAAUGGAGCAAAGUUUUAUCAGAGCAAAAGACUCUAGUUCUGACAUCCAGAGGGAACAUAACGAUGCCUUACCUGGAUUACACCGAAAGGAUGAAACACUCUCUCAAUGAUACAGUUAGCACUUUGUCUAUUUCCCAAAUAAACCGGAAUGACACUGGAAUGUACUUUUGUGAGGUAUUAAUUGAGAUUCCUCCACCAGUGGUCAGAAUGUCUGGGAAUGGCACUCACCUGCACGUCCAAGUUGUCAACAAUGAAAUGGCAGUGUCUUCCAAUGACAACACAACUGGUGGCUCAACGUGGAUCCUGAUUGGCUGCAUAUUGUCUAUCAUAUUGGUUGUGUCAAUCACCACUUUCUUUUUGGCCAGAAAAUUAAUUAGACAAGGGGAACCUGUAUACGUCAACGCUAGACACAGAAACAAAACCAUUGGGAACUAUCGUCUGACAGAAGCAAAGUAGAGGUGGAGAUCUGAAGACAUUUGAACUGAAAUGCCAAAAGGCCUCAUUAUGGCUUUGAAAUAGCUGAAUUUUAAAAGAUCAGAGCUGACAUAUUGUGAGAUAUUCAAGAUAUUGAAAGAAAGUCGGGCUUUGAUCCUGUCCAUUUGAAAGCACACUGGCCAGAGACUGACCCUGCAAAUUUGAACAAAUAUCCACAGAGGAAUAAAAGAUUUUGUCAUUUUAAAUGAACUGUCAACCUUCCUUCUGUAUGGGAGUCUGAAUUGACAAGUAAACAAUUGAUUUUUCAUGCACUGGACUUAAUUUAUGGAUUAAUGUACAGACCCAAGAUAUUUCAUUGUGAUGUGCGAUGUCAUACAGAGCCUGUUUGAGGUCUGCUAAAACUUUUGUUCACAUCCGUGGUGACAGUACUCUAUACACUGACCUACUUCCUUUAACUCUUCAUUCCAGACAAUCACCAAGUGGAAAAAAUCACAUCCUAACAAGAACAAAAAAAAAGUACUGCAGCGCAGCGGUCACAGAAGAUUGAUUUGAAAUAAAAACUAUUUCGGUAAUAUCUGA